AUGUCGUCGAUCAUGGCCCAGGCCAGGCGAGUCCCGAUUUCUGACCUCCCCCAGGAGCUAUAUGAUAAGAUCGCAGAGCAUGUCGUCGAUAACAACGUGAACCCAUAUAACAAAAAGGAGCUCCAGUCCAUCCAGCUAGUCAACAGAGCCUUCUACUGGAGUGCUGCGCGCCUGAUAUUCAAGAGCGCUGGAUUCACUCUCCAGCGCAGCUGGCCUUGCGUCCCUUUGGGAUUCAGCAGCUUCUCAAAAAGCGACAAGGCGCGUUUUGUGCACAAGGUGUGUAUCUGCGACUCAUCGAUUAUUCCUGACGAGCCCUAUAAGCCAGCGGAUCUGCACUCCAGGACUCAGGAGAUAGCGACGACACUUGCCCAGUUCCCGGCGCUGAAAAGGGUGUCUAUAUGGUUCCACCAGGGUAUAUUUCCUGAAGAUAAUCAGGAUCCAGACACCAGCCGCACUCUGGCUGCAUCUAUCUGUGAAGGACUGCCGAAAGGCCUCCAGAAGCUAUCCCUCCACAAUCUAGACACCAGCCUGGUCGGCAUCCUGACUCAAUCCACGGACUCAUCGCCCUGUAUACUCUCGUCCCUGCAGUCCUUUACAUUCAAGGCCACCGGCGCCGAAGCCAGAGAUAUAUCUGGCGACGAGAUCCUCCUCGCCCUUCGAAACGCUCCCAAUCUAGAAGAAUUCAGCCUCUCCUCCGUCACACAGCUCAGCAAAGAUGCAAUCGACCAAUUCACCACCGGACCCAACAUACCUCCUCUCCGCCGCCUCAAGCUCGACCGCGUCGCCAUUCCAGCACCAGCCUUUCCAACCCUCCUGCUCGCCUUCAAAGACACCCUCCAAGACCUCUACCUGCACAACGCAUGGCUUGAAAAACAACGCUCCACCACCACCACAGACUACAACGACGACCCCCCCUGGGCCAAAAUAUUCAAACUCCUCCGCACCAACUUCCCCAAUCUAACAUACCUGCGCGCUGCCCAGUGCGAUCUUCCUCGCAAGCCCCGCCCCUGGGGACACAUGGUAGCCCUCGGACUCCCACCCCUGAGCCCAGACUUCAGGGAAGAGGAAACCACAAACGCGUACCACCGGUGUAUCGCGCACCUAGAGACCAACCGGGCACGACUUGGCCGCCCGGCGCCCGAGUGGGAGAGCAUGGAUGCGUGGCACCCGUAUUUCAACACCCUGCCGCGCCAUUCUUCCACCGAUGAUGAGUAUAUCUCCAAGGCUGGGCCUAGGGCCGAGGCCUGGGAAAGAGGUAGUAGGAGGAGGAGGGGGAGGGGGGGGAGGCCUGGGGUUUGGGCUGUGCAUAGCACGUUUCGGAGGUAUUGUGUUGGCUUGCCGGACGGGAGUGGGAAGAGGGAGCUCAGGCCGAGAAUUCUUCGGGUGUUUACGUGUAGUUGUGAGUGA